CCCCCCCCCAAACCCCCCCGAGCCCCCCAAAAUCCACCGGGCUCGCAAGACCAUGGCCAAGCCCAGCAACGGGCAGGUGCCCGAGAAGCCGAGGAUGUCGGAGAUGCUGCACUUCAGGGUGUCCGAGGAGCUCUGCGGGAUGGGGCAGCACCACGACCCCCCCAAACGCCCCAAGUUGGAUUUUGGCUCCGAGGGGCUCCACAAGCGCCUGCAGCAGCGCCCCAGCCCCCGUGCCAGCACCGAGAUCACGGUGACGGAGGAAAUGGCCGCCCCCCCCCGGGACUGGGACUCGGAGGGGGGAGGGGGCUUCUCCCUCUUCUACGACGGCUUCAGCGUGGACGGGCACGGAGACUCGGACAGCAAG